AGAUGGAUCGGCCCAUCGAAUCAAGAAAUCCGGAAAUAGAAAUGCAAACGGCCACAUCCAGUUCUACAAUAGCUGAUCAACAGCAUACUUUCGUGGUCGAAAAUCUGGAAAGACGGAUCCGUGACAGUAUCAAACAAAACAGUAUGCCAUCGGAUGAAAGUCAAACCUCGCUGCAGAGUAUCUCAAGUAGUUUCGUACCUGAUCCCGAGAUCAUAGCAAGCCUUGAAAGCUGCGCAAAUACCAUUUCAACUAAUCUAAAUGUUGUGUUACAUGAUUUACGUGGUUCACUGAAAGGAAUGAGUGAGUUAACCGUUCAAGCUACGGAAUGUUUUGCUGAUGCAAUUUCCGCUUCCUGUAAUUCGGUGGAUGCUACCAUCAAGAAUACUUAUGCCCUGCUGGCAAAAGUAAGCAGCUGUUUUGUAUGCGGCUUCUGGAUAAAUAAGAUCGACUUUGAGAAAAGUCGAAGUCUUCUCGACAUCUUUAAACCUGCAAAAUGCCGGGGGGACUUGCUGUACCUUUAAAACAGUUCGAGAAAUUAACCGAUGGACUAUGGAACUAAACUGCUUUUUUCAUUAUAUUCUCAAGGGUGCCCAUUUAGAGAUGCUUUACUUUUAGUAUGGUGGGCACAUUUGUCUUGGAUAACUUCUUACGUAAAUAUAAAUAUAUCUCCAUUUUUUAAUGUAAACAGUUACGGUCUGAUUUGUCUGUAACUUUUUUUAUCUUGUACUUCUCAUAUCAGGUCGAGGAAGUUAAUGAAGCAAUGGCUGGCAUACGAAAAUUGUCUCAACAAGUAAAAGAUAUAAAAUCUAUUGUGGAUUUAUUUGAAAUACAGCUGGUAACAGGUUCGAUGGCACAACCUUAAUAUUGUUUUUUGUAAUUUAAUACAACUU